AUGUUACACCAGAUCCUUGGUCAGACCAAGAAACAUCAGGGCUUGAUCCCCCUCUUCAUAAUUAUUGGGGCAGGAGGUACUGGAACAUCGCUGUAUGUCUUGUACCUGGCAUUGUUCAAGGCAGAUGUCAGUUGGGAUAGGAAGAAUAACCCAGAACCCUGGAACAAACUGGGUCCCAAUGCUCAAUUUAAGUUCUCCUCAGUGAGUGUAGAUUAA